AUGGUCGCGACAGAGGAGGCUUCGUUAGAAGCGUCGUUUGCGAAUCCGUACUCCGCGUGCGGUUUCAUCGGCGGUAUCAUCUUCUGCGUCUCAAUCCUGCCGCAGCUGGUCAAGACGUACCGUACCAAGUCCGCCAAAGACCUCAGCUAUUUCUGGCAAGCAUGCUACCUGCUGGGUCUGAUCGGAAUCAGCAUUUACGGCGUGGCGUACAAGCUCUGGCCCGUGGCCAUCCCCCUUAUAAUUGAAAUCGUUUUCAUGGUAACCCUUACUGUACUCAAGUACCGCCACUUUUUAUCUGAGUCGACGUGGUGCGCGAGGGGGGGCACGGAAGGGAGGGCGAGGCCCACGGCCAGGAGGGCCAAUGGCCUGGAUGGUCAUGUUGAGUUGCAGGAAGCUGUCGCCCACAAGUCCCCCUGCUUGCUCCCCACCGCCCGCUGCCGUGAUGAGACCGCUGUGAAUGAGAGCGGCACGGUGGAGGGUUGA